AUGGAGACUCUACUCGCACACUCCUUUGAUUACCUCUCCUCAUACGAGCCUAGUAAGGUUCGCAAAGGUCUGCGUCAAGUCGAGGGCCUCUUGGCACAAAUAUGUCUAUCAAAAUCCAAAUCCACCGCCGACCGUCGCCGGUCAUACAUGACGACCGAAGCUCACCCAGCACCCAAAGGCUUGUCGGAACUGCGCGAUGACCCUGCGUUCCGAGAGUUUUUCAAAUUACAGGAGAGCUUCCAGUGGAAUGUCGCAAUGCGCUUAGUGGCGUGUUUGGAGCACUUGCUCGGACGCGGUAGUAGUGGAACCAACGAUAUGCUUAUCGUCUGCACUUUGGACCUGAUUCAAGGCGCCCUCCUUCUUCACCCACCUUCCCGCUCGCUGUUCGCCCGUGAAAUCUACAUGAAUCUUCUUCUCGAUCUGCUCGACCCGAUCAAUUGUCCUGCCAUUCAAUCUGCCACUCUCCUCACUCUGGUGACCGCUCUCCUCGAUUGCCCCGCCAAUACCCGCACAUUCGAGGAUCUCGAUGGCCUCCUCACCGUGACAUCUCUGUUCAAACAGCGCGCGACAUCCCGCGAAGUGAAACUAAAGCUCGUCGAGUUUCUGUACUUCUACUUGAUGCCCGAAACCCCCGUUCUUGGACCCAGCUCGAGCCCACCACCCUUGCAGCGCAGCCCCAGCAAGAUCUCCGCAAGACCCAUGUCUCAAAGCUCACAUACCUCUGCUGCUUCUGGUCGAUCGGGUCGGGGUACACGAACGACGGAUGAGAAACAAGCCCUCUUGGGCCGAUACCUCAACAAUGUGGAAGACUUGGUUGAAGACUUGAAGGAAACGGCGCCUUUCGGAGCUACCGUUUACUGA